GAGCCCCUCCUGCCAAUGGGGGCGCAGUCACGCCGGGGCCGCCCGGCCGCGAACGCCCGCGGGGAGCGGGAGAGUGUUUGCUCUGGCUACGGAGCUGGGAGCGGGGUGCUGGUGGCGGGGCUCCCAGCACUUACUCAGUACCCUUCACCGAACCCCUGCCUCGGGCGUGGACUCCCGGAGGAGGCUCUGGGAGCCGGGCUGAGGGCUUGAGCCUAGCGUAUUUGGGAGAACUGAAGAGAGGAGUCUCAGAUGGCUAAAGUCAGGGGCGCCAGUUGGAGAGCCGGUGGCUCCUCCGAUACUCACACGCCCGGAUUUAAACAGUUCAGGGAGGGCCCAGAACCUAGACCUCCACCAGUCAUGGUGGGCUGUGUCGCCCACCUCCCCAGGGCAACCCAGAUCCAGCCCCCAACCUACCCCGGGCCCAUUCCUGUGUGGGCACCCGGACCCUAUCCUUGCCCCACAGAGUGGCCGGCAGCCCCUGGCAGGGAGAGCCAGGGCUGUGAUUGGGGCCCAACAGAAACAGGAUAUUCAGAAGGGGCCUUCUCUCCUGAGGGGCCACAUCUUCAAGCUUCAGACUUCCAGACAAGUCCCAGGGCAUGGACGUGACCCAUUAAGAACAGGCAGUGAGUCUGUGGCAGGGCUG